AUGAAAGUUUUCAUUGUUCUUCUCCUGGUGGCAGCAGCAGUUGAAAGCAUAACUGCCGUAAGUCUACAAGAUUGCAGCAAGCCUCCAAUAACUGGUCCUUGCAGAGCAUCCAUACCUCGAUACUACUACGAUCCAAAAACUGACAAGUGUAGUAAGUUUAUUUAUGGUGGAUGUCGUGGUAACAAGAACAACUUCAAGACUGAAGAAGAAUGUUACGAGAAAUGUGGAGCUACUCUAAGUCGAAAAGAUUGUAGAAAGCUUCCAGAAACUGGUCCUUGUAGAGCACGCUUCAUUCGAUACUUCUACGACCCAUUAACUGACAGGUGUGGUAAGUUUAUUUAUGGAGGAUGCGGUGGAAACAAGAACAACUUCAAGACUGAAGAAGAAUGUUACCAGAAAUGUGGAGUGCAAUGCGAAGAAAAUGCGCACUACGAAGAUUGCGGAACGGCGUGUCCACUGACAUGUGAGAAUUAUAACAAUCCUCCCGAAUUUUGCCCUGCGGUAUGUCUAUCAGGUUGUCAGUGCGAUGAGGGAUUUGUCCAAACAAAGAGUGGAAGGUGCGUGAAUCCUGAAGAUUGCCCCGUAACAGAAAUAUGCGGAGAAAAUGCUCAAUAUGAAAGUUGUGGAACGUUAUGUCCUCUGACAUGUGGCAAUUAUGAAAAUCCUCCCCAGGCCUGUGCUGCUGUGUGUGUACAGGGUUGCCAGUGCAAAAAGGGCUUUGUUAGAACAGAGAGUGGAACUUGCGUGAAACCGGAAGAGUGUCCCGUAGCAGGAAACACUACUCUAAGUCGAAAAGAUUGCAACAAGCUUCCAGAAACUGGUCCUUGUAGAGCGCGCUUCAUUCGAUACUUCUACGACCCAUUAACUGACAGGUGUGGUAAGUUUAUUUAUGGAGGAUGCGGCGGUAACAAGAACAACUUCAAGACUGAAGAAGAAUGUUACCAGAAAUGUGGAGUACAAUGCGAAGAAAAUGCGCACUACGAAGAUUGCGGAACGGCGUGUCCACUGACAUGUGAGAAUUAUAACAAUCCUCCCGAAUUUUGCCCUGCGGUAUGUCAAUCAGGUUGUCAGUGCGAUGAGGGGUUUGUCCAAACAAAGAGUGGAAGGUGUGUGAGACCCGAAGAUUGCCCCGUAACAGUACAAUGCGAAGAAAAUGCGCACUACGAAGAUUGCGGAACGGCGUGUCCACUGACAUGUGAGAAUUAUAACAAUCCUCCCGAUUUUUGCCCUGCGGUAUGUCGAUCAGGUUGUCAGUGCGAUGAGGGGUUUGUGCAAACAAAGAGUGGAAGGUGCGUGAAACCCGAAAAUUGCCCCGUAAGAGGAAAAUGCGGAAAAAACGCUCAAUAUGAAAGCUGUGGAACCUGUGAGAGGACAUGUGACAAUUAUGCAGGUCCUCCACAAGCCUGUGCUGCUGUGUGUGUACAGGGUUGCCGGUGCAAAAAGGGCUUUGUUAGAAAUGAGAGUGGAGAUUGCGUGACACCGGAAGAGUGCCCGGUAACAAGUAAUGACUGCCCACCGAACAAGGAACUAGGCGAAUUUGGCGACUGUCCAGACUCAUGCUACUCUCUGAAGCAUCCAGUGGAAUUUUGCACACUGAGGCUGAAUUUUGGCUGCAAGUGCAAACCCGGUUACGUCCUGAAGGAGGACAAAGUCUUCGAUUCUGACUGCAUCAGACCCGAAGAAUGCCCAUUGGAUGAGUGA